UAGCCGGCUUGCGAUGCGAACGGCAGUCACAAAAUCUCAACCAAGCUAUGAUGUUGCAGUCACUGAUUCUCCUAUUCGUAAUCGGGGUGCUGGCUAAGCAGAGCACAGGUCUCGAGUCAGACUCCUUGCUUUGGCGCCUGACGAAUCUUGUGCAGCUACAGCAAAAUGGCACAAGACAGACAACGCCAUGUGUUAAGCAACUUCAGAUAUUGCACUACGCUUGGCAUGAGCAGCAAGGCUGGGCACUGAAAGUCUUUGAUGCCUCCGGUAGCGGCUAUGACAAUUUUAUGCUGGGCAAUAGCCUCUGGCUGGGCAAUCCUCAGACCUGUCGUGCUGUCAAUGAACAACUGCUGCGGGCCGUUACCCAGCGGCAGCAGCAGCUGCUACAACAAUAUGCGCCCUUUGCAUUCGACUACCGCUUGGCCUAUCUGCGGGCUAACUCACCCUGGCAGCUGGCUCUGUCUGUUAAGGAGACGCCACUGUUGCAUAUUGGUUUGUGUGUGCCGCGCGCCUGUGACCCAAAUCAGCUAGAGAGGCUGCUGCACGAGACGCUUAGCACAGCGGGUGCUGGAGGACACGCGGAUCGCCUGCAGAUGCGAGUCGAGCUGGUCUACACCAAGCAGCCGAAGCUAAGCGCUAAAUUCUUUGCAAGCAAUGCAUUUCGUAUGCUCGCCGCACUGGUGGCUGUCAUCCUGCUGCUGAUGCUGCUUGCACAUAAUGGAUGGGAUGCUGCCAGCCCGGUGAUUGGCUGCUUCAAUGUGGCGUCCAAUUGGCAGCGUCUGUGGCAGCUGUCAGCGGACCCUCAGCAAAUUGGCGUCAUUAAUGGGCUGCGGGUCUGCAGUGCCUUUGGAUUGCUCUGUUUACAUGUAGUUUGGUAUCUGUUCUAUUCAGUGAAUCACUCGUCGGACUUGACCUCAAAAAUGGUCAAGAUUAAUCUAGUGCCCUAUUUUCUGCCAGCAUUAUUGGAGGUGUUCUUCGUCGUUAGUGGCUUCCUCACCGUGACCAACUUCCUACGCAACGAGUCCUUGCAGUGUUGCAUUGCAGAGGACACGCUAUCGGGCAAUGUGCGUCGCUGUGGGCGUCAAUUGGCGCACCGCUAUCUGCGCCUGGCACCUCUACAGUUCGUCAUGAUACUGAUGUCGGUUGUGAGCUUUGCCUACCACCGUGAGGCCUCUGUCUUUCAUCUAACUAAUGCAGCGGAUGAGCUGUGCACUCGGCAUUGGUGGCGCAAUCUGCUCUUCGUGCAGAACCUCUAUCCGGUCAAGGAGAUGUGCUGCAAUUGGACCUGGUACCUCGGCUGCGAAAUGCAGCUGCACAUUGGUGCAAUGGUGCUGCUCUAUCUGCAUACAAGGUAUGCCCAUUCGGUGCGACGUCUGGUUAUAAUGCUGCUGCUCGGAAAUAUAGCGUAUUCGGCACUGUUGCCGAUCAUACUGGAUGUGCCACUGAUUUUUGACCUUAUGUAUGAGAAGGCUGACUGGUUGUACACAAAGCCCACGGUGCGCAUGUCGUCGUACAUCAUUGGCAGCAUCUACGGCUAUGCACAUGCAAGUGGCACUGGUUCACCAUUCGAAGCAGUGUUCCCCAACAAGCUGGCCAAGAGCGGGCUGGCUGUCGUCGCUCUUUGGCUGGGCAUAACGUUACUGCGAUCAGCGGGAGGGGCCAGCCCACUUGUGCUGGGCUGCACUGUGCAAUGCAAUUCCCACGGAUGA